GUAUUACGACUUUUAAAUGUAUUUUUACAGCUAUUUCAUGCUUAACAAAUACUUUCCUUUCACUAAGAUUCAUCUACACUUUAAAAACAAAUUUUCGUUUGAAUUGGUUUUGGAAUAAUAUUGACGUACAUUUUGUAAAUUUAAGGGAAAAUAGAAAAUAGACGGAAAGACAAUGUACGCCAAGGACUUACAUGGAAAUAUUUUGAAUUCUGGGGGAUAUAGAGCUGAGAUUCAAAGCCGCAUGACAGUAAAACCACCCACACGACAGCAUGUUCCACAGUACGCAAAAAUUAAAGAAGACACUAGGUCCCAUAAAUGUUCUGAUUGCGAUAAACUUCAUUUUGAGAUUGAACGACUACAAAUGCAACUUGAGGAGAGGUCCAGUAGAGGAACCAGGCUAGCAAUGAUUGACACAAGAGAAUCAGCUCGUUCGGGUGAUUACAGACAUAAUAAUAGUUGGGAAGCCUCAUGGGCAGACACCCCAGAUCUUCUGUCCACUCAUAAUAAGGGAAGACCAAGAGGUCAACAAACUGAUCUACAGGAAGAAGUAAAAAGACUGAAAAGAGAACUACACCAAAGAUCAUUGGAAGUGAGGAAUUUACGUGAUCUACGUACAAAAACACCCACCGGUUCUACUGUGCCAACUGAUUUAGAUGCAAUGGUAGACCCUUUGCCAGUUGACAGGGUGUCAUCAAUGUAUACCGAGAUUUAUCAAAAUGAUUGGGCAACAGCAAAUAACGCUUUACAGAAGGACAAGUUAAACCUAGAACAAGCUGCUCAAAAACUGCUAACCGUGCUCAUUGAUGCUUAUACUUACUGUGAUAAAGUAGCACCACAACAUCUAGAGGCAAUUCUCAAAUCAACCGUUAAAGUAAAAAUUCAGGGCACAACUAAUGUUCCCAGUGGAAAAGAUGAUGAUGCUGACAUACACCAAGAAGCCGGAUUUUUUAGAAAAUCUAUAGCUGAGAAGGUAGCACGGAAUAUAAUCAAGAAUUUUCGAUAUGAAGUUUUCAUGAGAAAGAACACUUUUACUCCCAGACAAAAACAGAAUAUAGACAUCACUUCAUAUGUAGAUAAAUGUGUUGAAAUCACAUGGUACAUGGCGGUUCAAAAUUAUCCAAUCAUUUUAGAUGACAGUGUAUCACGUGAUAAACAUUUUGAUUACGCACACUACAACUCUUUCGACGAGGAAAAUGAAGUUAAUGGAGCUGUUUAUCAUUAUCUUAUUUGGCCAGCUCUUAUCAAUGCAGAAAAUAAUGCACACCUUUGCAAAGGUAUUGCUGAAAGAUCAAAGUCGUUUUAAUUUUCCAUGCAUUGUCAUAUAGGAAUGAUAAGCAGACUGAGUUGUUACCUCCAGUCUCGAAAGACUUGUAAAGGAAAUGUAAUGUUAUUUAUUGGGCAUGAUUUUCACAGAUGUGAAAGAAGAGUCGAUUAUACCUACAGAUUUUAAUAAAAGAUGCAUUAAUAAUCAACAAAUUUAGUUGAUUAUUCGUGUUUUAAAAUAGUA